CCAAUCAAGAUUAAGGUAUUGUCGUACAAUUUUAGUGCCAGAGCGGUUUAAAAUGUUGCACUUACCAACUGGGUAUAAAAGGCGCCGUGUUUUUUUUCACGGAGGAUCUGUCGUGUGUGAUACCAACAACCAGGUCAUCAAUAAAAAGCUCCGUCAGGAUGUCAACAAACAUGAGUCCCCGCCAUUCCACAUUCGAUGCUCACAUUUUGGGGUCGCACAGUCUACAUAAAGGCCCGUUAACGUCGCCCGUGCCUGGCGCCGAGACGCUCUCAGAUUUCUUGUGGUCAGCGACAGAGCAUUAUCGCACCAAGGCACUAAAUUCCGGCUUUGUACAAGGAAUGGUGAAAAAGUCCUUAGAUCCAGAGGGAUUUGGCUACUACAUGAUCCAGGACUGCAUAUUUACCUUCAAGGCCAAAACCAGCUUCGAUCUGGCAGCCCAAAGGGCUGACGAUGUCAGUGUUAAGCAGUUGCUAAUCAAGAAAGCGGAGGAUUUUACAGCAUACUAUCAGGGUCUGUUCGCCAAGUGGCACAUCAAAGACCCCUCUGGAAUAGAAUUGGGUCCAGAAUGCACUGAGUACGUGAAUCACGAACAAGACGUUGCGACCCAUAAGAAGUCCAUCUAUUUCAUAGUUGCUAUUAUUCCAUGUGCGAAGCUGUGGCCGUGGAUUGGAGAGAAAAUCAAAGCAAAAGUGGCCGAUUUUGGAGUGUACACAAGGUGGGUAAAGGAAAACUUCAAUCCCGAUUCAAGCGCUGUAGAAUACGAGAAGCUCAUUAAUGCCGCCUUUGACCUCGGCAUCAUUACAAAGGAAGAGGCUCUGAACGUCUACGAAAAAAGUAUGAAGGGGGAAGCCGAGUUCUUCAGCUCAAUCAAGGUGGAUUAAGAAGAGGCUUCAACGUGCAGAAUGGUGCAUUCAGCUCCACCGUUGAACAAACUAUAAUGUUAUAUAACGCUUGAAAAUAUUUUAAGAAUUUUCUUUUUAUUAGUUCCAUUUUGAUUAACAUGACUUUACAGUAAUAAUAUAAACGAUUUCGUCUUUGCUUUUCGGUGCUGCUGUGUGUUUGUUUGUGUGCGCGCGCGCAUGCCUGCGUGUGUUUGUGCUCGUGUGUGUUGAAAUAAAAAAUACCAAAAUAAAAUUACAGUAGAUAACAAGUCUUGCCGUUGCUUUUUACUGAAAUUGUGUCCACUAACUAUUUUAUGCUUGUAUACCUGUAAUAAAGAAACCUCGUUAUACUUUCAAAA